AUGGAAAUAAGCAACGCUACAAUACAUACAAAAUAUAACAGUGCACCAGACAAUAGACCCUUGAAAUUUAAUAGGCAAGCAGCAAUGCUUUUAAUAAUGAAAAAACAAAAUGAAAAUAUCAACUUAUAUAGGCAUCUUUCGAUAAACAUUGUUUUUAAUUCGCCCUAUACACCUCAAUUUGCAUUUGCCGAAAGAGUAUAG